AUGGGAGGCGGUGGUGACGGGGAGAGGGGAGACGGGGGUCUCCUGGCGAAGAAGGUGGCGCGGCAGAUCGCAGAGAGGAAGAAGCAGGACGAGGUCCCGUUCCAGACCAAGGCCAUGCGGGAGAUCGAGCGGCUGCAGAAGUCGACCGUGUACCGGACCACCGUCAUCAAGGUUCAGUUCCCUGAUCGGGUGGUCCUGCAGGCGACCUUUGCGUCGACCGAAGGCGUGAAAGACCUUCUGGACGUCGUCAAGAGCAGCCUGGAAGAUGACGUAGCGGCAAGGCCGGGUUUCUUGAGGAGGCUAGGAGGAACCCCUACUGUAGCUGCGACUUGCUCGUAUGAGAUCAUGGCGUGCUUGCCGUAG